GACAUUGAAGGUGUUGGGCACAAGUACUACCUGGAAAUGGAGCUGGAAGACAUCCUGGACAAAGACACUACUGUCAACUGCACUGCUGAGGUUCUGUAUCACCUGGGCACCAAAAACAUUGCUCCAGAUGUGCAGUUCACACUUGAAGGAGAACUGAAGAGCACAGAGGAAGUGGAUAAGGUGUUCUACAAUCGAAUGAAGAGCCUGGAGGAAGAGCUUGUGGCAGAGAAUAUACCAGACAGCCACGGCAAUGUGCCCCCUGACCUGGAGCCCAUCCACCUGCUUGCCUGGGUUGCCUCAGGCUAUGUGAUAUGGCAGAACUCCACUGAAAACACCAAGUUCCAACUGGCCCAAAUUAAACAUGUGAAGCAAGUGAAAAGAACUGAUGAGUAUCUUGAAUUUGACUACCUGGUUCUGCUGCAUGAAAUGGUGUCCCAGGAGAUCAUUCCCUGGCAGAUGACAGUGCUGUGGCACCCCCAGCACGGGGUGACAGUGACCCAGGACAGUCACCAGCCCAGACACACCUCAGGAGAAGGAACCACCUGA